UGUGUCACACUGGAAGAUAUGGCAGCGACUGUCGUGGAACGUGUGGCCGGUGUUUAAAGGGCGCCUGUGACCCCAUCACCGGCGAGUGUGUUGGUGGGUGCUCCAGGGGCUACCGGGGACCUCAGUGUAAAGAAGAGUGUCCCAGGGGCUGGUACGGAGAGAACUGCUCCAUCUCCUGUGGUCACUGCCACUCGCUGUCUGGCUGUGAUCCCGUGACGGGCAUCUGUUUGGAUGGUUGUGCUCCGGGCUGGCACGGCGUCUUCUGCUUGCAGAAUGUGUUCAAAACCAGCCAGAGUUUUCACUCGUCGCCGUCAUUUCCGGUUCUCAUCAUCUCCUUAGUGGCUGCAGUCAUCAUUGUUUCUACGUUUUUCACCUACUGUGUGGUGGUUCGGCCUAGGAAAACUGCCCUCAGACGCCUUUAUAACGCCUCGAGUACUGACCAUUUGGCCAACACUUAUGAACAAAUUGUUGGAAGCCCCUGGGAACUUCAGCGAGGUCAACUGUCCAUCAGUAAUGAACUACUGGGAAAUGGUCAGUUUGGUCAAGUUAAGAAAGGACAUGUGAAGAUCAAUGGAAAGAAAAUUCCAGUAGCUAUAAAAUCAUUAAAAGACAAUGCAUCAGAAAAGGACAAAACAGACUUUCUCAACGAACUAUCUAUAUUAAAACAAGUUGGGAAAAACGAGAACGUUGUCUGCCUUGUCGGAGCUUGUCAUAUUCGAGGUGUGAUGUAUGUUGCCAUGGAAUACGCCAAGCACGGAGAUCUACGCACGUUCUUACGCCAGAGCCGUCGACUAACGGCUCUGCACGAGUACGACAACACGUCGACACCAUCUUUACAUACAGCCCUCCGACCUCAGGCCCUCAUUAAGCUGUCUCUGGAUACAGCGAAAGGCUUAAAACAUCUAGCAGACAAGCAGAUCAUACAUCGCGAUGUAGCAGCUAGGAACGUGCUACUGGCAGACAAGUUGGUGGCGAAAAUCGCCGACUUUGGACUGUCCAAGAAUGACCAAACCUACGUAAAGACAUCCAGUACACGAGUGCCAAUACGAUGGAUGGCAAUCGAGUCUCUCUUUAACAACACCUAUACUCUACAAAGUGAUGUUUGGUCUUUCGGCGUGUUGCUAUGGGAGAUCUUCACCCUUGGAGGCACUCCUUACUCCAGUAUUGAUAGCCAGCAGCUGUUUAAGUAUCUCAAGGAUGGCCAUCGGUUGAGGAAACCUAGGCUCUGUGAUCAGGAUAUGUACGCCAUGAUGCUUCAGUGCUGGAACGACGACCCAGACAGACGACCAACCAUUGAAGAACUAACUGCUAGGCUCAACAGGAUGUUAGAAAACAGUCAG